AUGGAUAAAGGACAAUCCAAGUCAUGUCCCAGUGAGUUCCCAGUGAAAGGGACUGAGAAGGUGUCAAAUCAACAGUUAAAACGUCACCGAACCUCCAACAAUAUACUCAGUUAUUUAAUCAGCAGACAGAUUGGGAUAUCCAGAAAUGAUGUGGAUUUGUCCCAAUGGGAGUGGAUGCUGAUGUGUGAAACCAUAUGGUGUGGUCAGCCUUAUGACAAUAUGCGUUUAUGCUACCUGGAACAGUGA